CGAUUGGUCAGCGGAGUCUGGCGGGGAAACCCACACACUUCCGGUUUGUGAAAUCGACACAUUUGGAGACACCGCGGUGUGCGGAACAAGACGUGACUUGUACAAAGGUGCUGUGAAAAGUUGGCCAGAAAAACACAUAAACCUUACUCUUUGGUUUGCGACGCUCCAAGUGACUCCUGUUGUCCUGAAGGCUGUAGCGUCAGGCAGGUGUUGACAGUCGCCCUUAAGACACUGUAUCAGGAUUCGUGAUCGGAGAAGAGAUGUUACUUUGAGUGGUCUCAGUGCUGAAGAGAAAACUGUGACAUUUUAGCAGAUGGACGCUAUCUUCAGAUAAAGCCAACAACAAGCCGCUUCGUAUCUUCUGUAUCAAUGGGGACAGUAGAGAAGCUCUGAUACAAGAGGGUGGAUAAAAAACAGAGUAGGCCAUUGUUUGUGUGGUCUGUUUUCUGGUGGUAUAACGGUCGGUAGAAGGCCGCACUGUUUGAGAAGAGGUACGUUGUAUCGGUGACAGUACAGUGUUUCGGGCGCCACGAUGUCGUGCUACGUGAUCGUAACCUGCCGUUCUCUCCUGUGGACACUGCUGAGUAUUGCCGCGGCACUCGCAAACCUAGCGGCUCUCAUGACGGCGCAGUGGUUGGUGGGACAGCCGAGAAAAACGGGAGUCCCCGGCGGGAACAACAUCAAUUCCUCGAGACAGACUUCCCCAGAAGAGUACUACCGCCCCACGAUAGGCAUCUACAAUAGGUGUACGUCGCUUCACUACUUCGGCGAGAUUUUCCACGACUCCUGCGGACCGUACAUUACCAGUUUCAGCGAGCUCCCCAGCAAUUUCUGGAAAGCGACGCUGGUGUUUAUGGGCAUGGGAAUUCUAUUAUUGGUUAUCGUGGUGUUCACGUCGCUACUGGGGUUCUGCGUACACGCCAUCGGGAAGAAGAGCAUAUUCAACAUCUCUGGACUUCUACAGGCUAUCGCAGGCCUGUUCCUGAUCAUCGCACUAGUGCUGUACCCGGCUGGCUGGGGCACGGACCGCGUACAAGACCUCUGCGGCUACCGCGCCAGCCCGUACUACAUCAACGAGUGCACACUGGGCUGGGCCUUCUACUGCGCCGUGGGCGGAACCCUUCUCUCGUUCGUGUGCGCCAUUCUCUCGGUCCAGGCGGACAUCGCGACAUCCAGCGAUAAAGUAGAGGACGAGAUCCUAGAGGGGAAAAAUCUCAUCUGCCUAUUGUAGAAAGUAGUAGAGAGGGAGCAACCCAAGUCAUGCAAAUUUGGUUGGUUGGCUGUUAGUUGGUUAUUUGGUUGGUGUGUCAUUUAGUUGAUAAAUCAGAUUCAAACUCCUCCAUAAAAUGGAUUUUAUGCAGAUGAAUGGAAGAAAGAUAUGCAAAUUAAUCCAGGAAAGAUAGCCAAAUAAUCAAAUUUGCAUAGCCUGGGUCAAGAAAGACUACAGUUGUGAAAUGAUUUGAAAUCUCAACAACCAGGAAAAGAACAGUUAUAGAAACCUGACUUUGAAAAGAGUGCCAUAAUGCAUAACUGUAAGCGAUCAAGGUAUGAAAAAUUUAGCCACAUGUAACAAAAAAGGAAUUGUUUUGUAAGAAAAGCAUGCAGUUAUACUCAAGUUAAAAGAACAAAAAACUAUUUCAAUGUUAUUCAGUCAAAGUGUGUAAGCUAAGAGCAGAUGUAUAUGUUUUGUGUGCCAGUGUUAGUAUGGUGUGGUACAUGUAGGUAUGGAAUUGUGAUUAUAAUUUUGUAAAUACCUUUCAAUGUCUUGUAUAUUAUAUGCAUAAAUGGUGAAGUGUUCACUUUUUUACCUGUCCAAAGCUACUGUUAUUAAGGGAGCAAUGCAAUUGUCAUGAAUGCCUUGUAAUGUUUUAACUGCUUGUUUCAUUUAUGUUUCUUUGUAGUGCAUAUUGAUUUUUCAACAAUAUACAUUGUAAUACUACAGAUGUGUAUAGGAGUGCUGUAGUGAACAACAUAGUGAACAACAAUGUGCAUUUUAGCAUUCUGUAUCCAAGGUGAAUUUUUUAUCUUAUGAAAAGCAACUAAAGAAAAUAAGAAAAAUAUCAGUGAAAGCACUCCUUGCAUUACUACAUGGUAGAUAUAUGUUGAAGACAAAACAGUGCCAAAAAGAAAUAUAGAAAUUGUAAAGAGUGUUUUAUACAAGAAUGGCAACAUUUUCUGGUAAAUACAUAAUGUUAACUUUUACAUGUUCUAAGCCAAACAAACUACUGCUGUUUAUUCUUAUGUAAACACAUCCAUAUAAUGUGACCAGCCCCUCCAGCUCUGUCCUACCACUUGCCACAUGAUGUGAUCAAACACCACAAGAGAGGAAGGAAGAAACAGAGCAAUAACAAUAUGUUUUCAUAUUGUGAUGGUAAGCAUAAACAUGUGCACAGUGCCAAAACAUGUAUUAACAAUAUUUGAUUACUUCAGUUUCUCAACAAGUACUCUAAGUACAUUAUGUGCACCUUUCCUUUCUGUGUAGUGAACAGUUGUAGAUUCAAGAGCAUGAACAUGACAAGGGAAGUAGAGAUAAGUGCAGAAGUACAGAUGACGUUUGUGAAACUUGUAGAUUUGUGAACAUUCCCUUUAUGUCUGUGGAAACUAGAAACUCUUUUUUCAGUGCCAUCCACAGCAACAUAUAGUUUGACAUAUAUGAAUCCUGAAAUAUUUUCUUAGAUAUACUUUGUCAUUCCGUGAGUACAUUAAACAGGUUGUUACUGAAACAUCAGGCAAGUUGAAUGCCUCUAGUUAUUCCAGAAGGAUAUUUUUUCUGUAUUUUUUCUGUAAGUGUACUGUACAGUGCAUCUAAGUCGGAACAAUCAAGUUUUUUUUUGGUAUUCCAGUGAGCAGUUUUAUGCUCAUUUUACCUCCUUGCCAUAACAAGAAAUUGAAAGAGAACAACAAAAAAUCUGAUUGCAAUUGUGCCAUAUUCUUGGUCAAAGGCUUUUAACUAAGGAAGAAUGGUGUGUAACAGGUAACACUAUCAAUCUGGAACAACAGUUUAAAGCUGGGAAACUUAAGUUUUUUCUAAGUAGAUUGACCAAUAUAUUAUUGAUGAUCAAUACAUUGUUUAAUAGUUCCAAAGGUUUUUGAGAAGUCAACAUAACAUGAUUGUUCCGCAAAGUAGAGAUGCUCCAUUCAACAAGACUUUAGUAACAUUAGUACCUGAUGUGGUAACUUGUAUAUUGUGUUUUUAAGUAUCUGUGUCUUGUUGAUAAAACUAAAGAAAGUUGUAUAUACGUGUUUGUACAUAUCUACAUAUUGUCACCUUUUUUCUGUCAUGUGCCUCCAGUAAUUCAUAUUUAUGUAUGUCGAAAAUCAAGUCUUAAUCUUGCUGAUAGUAAAUGUAAGUCCUGUGCACCAAUUUUAAGAAAUUUUGGAUAUAUUUAUGUGCAAGUGAUUUUAUUGCAAUUAUUGAUAUUGUUUCAAGUAUUUGAGUGAUUUUUAAGGAAGCCCCUUAAUGUGAAUAGGGUGAAUAUCAUUGUACCCAAGUGCUGAAAUUUUGUUUUAUUGUUGUUUCUGUUCUUGCAUAUUAAAGAAAAACAGCUUUAAUUUCAA